AUGUUACCACCAUCUUAUACCCGUGAUAUCAUGCCGGCGAAUAGAACUCACAUUCCAACGCCUGAAGUCGUCGAGAAUCUUACCUAUCUGGAAUCCAUUAAAGAUCACCUAUCGCCAUUAAUGGAUUGUGAGAUAGCCUUACUUAUAGGCUAUGAUUGUCCUACUGCACUUACUCCUCGAGCUGUCAUUCCCCCACCGGUACAUGGAGGACCUUUCGCAAUGCAGACUGACCUGGGAUGGAGUGUCAUAGGCAUGGUGGACCAUGGCUGUAAUGAUAAUGACCCAAUAGGUAUAAGCCAUCGUACCAUGGUGAAGGUCCUUCCUGAGGAAGUGCGGCUAGACAGUCAUCCUACAGAAGUCAUGUUCUCAUGCCAAUCCACAGUUAGAGAGGAGAUAGCACCUCAUCAAGUCGUCAAGCUCUUAGAAGCAGAUUUUGCCCCCGAAAGAGCACAACGUCCUUACUCUCAGAAUGAUACCAAGUUUCUGAAACUAAUGGAGGAGCAGAUUCGAGUCACAGACAAUGGACACUAUGAAACACCCCUUCCUUUCAAAGAAACACAUCCUAAGCUGCCAAACAACAGGAAUAUGGCUUUGAAGAGGUUAGGCAGCUUAAAGAGAAAAUUUGAAAAGGACUCUGAGUAUCAUAAGCUUUAUACUCAAAAGAUUCAGGCACUGAUAGAGAAGGGUUAUGCAGAAUAUGUUCCAAACUCAUCUAGGGAAGCUGACACAUUUUGGUACAUCCCUCACCAUGGAGUGCAGCAACCCAACAAGCUUCGUGUGGUUUUUUAUUGUAGUGCACAAUGCAACGGUGAGGCACUGAACCACCAUCUGUUAACCGGUCCAGAUCUGACAAAUAAUCUAGUUGGAGUAUUAUGUAGAUUCCGCACCGAUUAUGUGGCCUUUAGUUGUGACAUACAGGAGAUGUUCUAUCAGUUUCAAGUCAGAAGUGAUCACCGUGACUAUCUUCGAUUCUUAUGGUGGAAGGACGGAGACUAUCGACAACCUGUAUGUGAUCUGCGUAUGAGAGUACACCUUUUCGGGGCUUCAUCAUCACCAGGUUGUUCAAACUUCUGCCUCAAGCAGAUAGCAACAGAUCAUGAACAGCAAUUUGGAAAAGACGUAAAGGACUUUGUGCAUCAUGACUUUUACGUUGAUGAUGGUUUGAAGUCGGUCCCUACAGCUGAGAAGGCUACUGACCUGAUCGUGAGGACAAGAGAGUUAUGUAAGAAAGGUGGGAUACACUUACAUAAAUUUAUCUCCAACUCUCGAAAGGUGAUUGAAGAUGUGCCUGAAGCAGAAAGAGCCAAGGAUCUAACAACUAAAGAAUUAUUCCACAAUGACUUACCAAUCCAGAAGGCAUUAGGAGUACAGUGGUGUGUGGAAUCAGACACAUUUCAGUUUCGGCUAACAUUUGACCCGAAGCCUUCAACUAGACGUGGAAUCUUAGCAACUGUGAUGUCGGUGUAUGACCCUCUAGGUCUACUAGCUCCAGUUAUUCUUCCCGGCAAAUUAAUUCUUCAAGAAUUAUGCAAAGAUGGUGCCGACUGGGAUGAUCCCCUGAACGCUGACCUCCAAGCAAGAUGGGAAAAAUGGAAGAACGACAUUGUAAAGGUGGAGAGUCUCUCAAUCAAACGAUGUUUCAAGCCCAACAACUUCGGUGCAAUCCAGAGAGUAGAACUCCAUCAUUUCUCAGAUGCCAGCAGCGUAGGCUAUGGUCAGUGCACCUACUUGAGACUGAUAAAUCAGAAGGGUGAUGUACACUGUGCUCUAGUUAUUGGAAAGUCCAGAGUUGCUCCUGUAAAGACACCUACAAUUCCAAGACUCGAGCUAACUGCGGCUUUGCUCUCAGUCAAAGUAAGCCUGUUUCUUAAAACGGAACUGGGUCUCACAAUCGACAAAGAAGUCUUUUGGACGGACAGUAGAGUCGUACUUGGUUACGUUAAGAAUGAGACAAGACGUUUCCAUGUAUUCGUUGCUAAUAGGGUGAAACAAAUCAGAGAUGCUUCAUCACCAUCUCAGUGGAAGUAUGUAGAAACCAAAGAUAACCCAGCUGACAAGGCAUCUAGAGGGAUCAGAGUUGACCAACGAGAGAUGACGAAAUGGCUGAUUGGCCCAGAGUUCUUGUGGAUCGAUGACGUCGAAGAUGAGAAGAAUAAGGAUGAAAGCACAAUUCUUCCAAACGAUCCUGAGGUGAAACGCUCCCAUGCUACAACCAAAUGUGCAGAGAAAUUUGAUUUUGAGAGACUCGGACGAUUCUCUUCCUGGCAUCAAGUCAAGAGGGCAGUAGCCAACUGUCUUCGUCUCAAGCUUUACCUCCAGAGAUGCUGUCAGGAAAAGCAAAAGGGUUCAAAUAAAGCCAAGAUCGCCAUUCAACCUCUGUCCACUGAACUGCUUGUCAAUGCUGAGAAAGAAAUCAUACGACACAUUCAGAAAGAUGCUUUCGAAGAGGAGCUACGGAUAUUGGGCGGCAUAGAAGGAGCUACUCGGAAGGGCAGACGUCUCGUCAAGUCUAAGAGCCGUCUACAUCAAUUGGAUCCCUUCAUAGACACUGAAGGAAUUCUCAGAGUUGGAGGUAGACUGACAAGGGUUGAGGGACCAUUCGAGCUUAAGCACCCUGCCAUUCUCCCACAGUCUCAUAUUAUAGAGCUCCUAGUUGCCCAUUGCCAUGCAGAAUUAGCUCACCAGGGAAGAGGAAUAACAAUCAACCACAUCCGAGCUAAGGGAUACUGGAUCCUUGGUUGCAGUCACUUUGUGUCCAAGUUUAUCUCCAGAUGUGUGACCUGCCACAAACUUCGUCAACCAGUCCAAAGUCAGAAGAUGGCUGAUCUUCCCAAAGAUCGGCUUACACCUAGUCCUCCGUUUACUUACUGUGGAGUGGAUUGUUUUGGCCCGUGGACUAUCAAAGAAGGCAGAAAAGAGUUGAAAAGAUAUGGCCUCAUCUUUACUUGCAUGGCAUCAAGAGCAAUUCACAUAGAAACGCUGAACUCGAUGACUACUGAUGCCUUCAUAAAUGGAUUACGACGUUUCGUUUCUGUACGUGGCCCUAUCAGGCAGCUGAGAUCAGACAGAGGGACAAACUUUACUGGUGCAGCAACUGAACUCUCAAAAGCAUGGAAAGAAAUGGACCAAACGAAAGUGGCAUCUAUUCUGCUUUCAGAGGGUUGUGACUAUCUUGAUUUCAAGUUCAAUUUCCCAGCCUCAAGUCAUAUGGGAGGGGCAUGGGAAAGACAGAUUCGUUCAGUACGCACAAUACUCGAUGCAUUACUGCAUCGAAAUGGUCACCAACUUGAUGAUGACUCGCUUCGUACCUUGCUCUGUGAAGCAGCUGCUAUAGUCAACAGUCGUCCUUUGGCUGUGGAAUUCCUCAAUGAACCCAACCACCCAGAACCACUUACUCCUAACCACCUACUGACCCAAAAGACGAAGGUUAUUCUGCCACCACCUGGGAGGUUUCUUCGUGAAGAUGUUUACCUGAAGAAGCGCUGGAGGAGGGUUCAGCACCUGUGUAAUGAGUUUUGGAGCCGAUGGAGAAAAGAGUUCUUGAACCAACUGCAAUCACGAAAGAAAUGGACUCGUACUCGUCGUAAUAUGAGAGUUGGUGAUGUCGUAAUCAUCAAAGAUGAUCAGUUACCUCGAAACUUAUGGCCACUUGGAAGAAUCGUCGAAACGUAUGAAUCAGAAGACAAUCGCGUUCGCAAAGUGAAGGUAGCAGUGGGUGAUCGAAAACUAGCAGCAUCAGGAAAGCGAACUACUUCAGUGAAUUACUUAGAUCGUCCGAUUCACAAACUAGUUUUGAUUCUACCCCAGGACGAACAGGGUUAA